AUGUCAGUUUUCCGGUAUUUUAGGGCUAUAAUUUUGUUUACACAUUACAGGUUUAUUAAAUUAAAUAAUCCAUUAAAAACUAUCCCGGUUGGGUUAAGAUGGACGUCUCACGGAGCCAUGAAAACAGGCGCAGAUAAUUAUGGUAACGUAAUGAGAAGGAAUAAAAAAAUAGUUGAUGUUUCUCAAAAUGAAAUAUUAAAAACAGUGGAUUCUUCUCUUUCACCGUCAAGAGUGAAAAACAAAGCGUAUACUAUCGGUGAUUAUGGUGCCGCAGACGGCUCUACAACUAUUGGUCUGAUACGAAAUAUAAUUGAUAUUGUAAGAGAGAAAUGUGGUAAAGAUCAAGAGAUACAUGUUAUAUACGAAGAUAUCCCUACAAACGAUUUAAACUGCCUUGUACAAAGACAUAACGGAGACCGAGAUAUUAUCCUGUCCUAUCUACUACCUAUCGCCACAUCUUACAGGCACGUUCUAUGGUCACAUCCAUUAAAGGGAGACCGAGAUAUUAUCCCGUCCUAUCUACUACCUAUCGCCACAUCUUACAGGCACGUUCUAUGGUCACAUCCAUUAAAGGGACUGAUACCUGAACCACGAUCAUAUUGUCUUGAUUAUGACAAUGUCUAUGUAACAGCUUCUGGUACGGAUUUCUACAAACAAUGUGUCCCUUCAAAUACAUUCGACUUACUGAUGAGUUUUACUGCUGUACACUUUUUAUCAAGGCCGAUUAUUUUAACUGACAGUAUAUACAGAUUACUUUCAAAAAAUGAAGAGGAAAAGGAGGUUAUUAAAAAAUUAGCCGCCGAAGACUGGUUACAAUUUUGGAAACUAAGGGGUAAAGAGCUAAAACAAGAGUUGUAUUUUUAUCCAGGUGGAUGUGCUAUCGUGUCUAGUGUAGGGGAAACUGAGACGAGAAUGUCAAUACAAAACAAUUUUAAACUUCUGAAUGACAUUCUAGAGAAAUGUGUAUCUGACAAUAUUAUCACAAAGACCGAAAAGGAAAAUACCACCUAUGCAGCGUGUUUUAGAAGACAAGAUGAAAUAAAAGAACCCUUUGUGAAUUCAAACGUUUUGACUGACUUAGGUUUACACCUCCAUCAAGUAAAACAAGAGUUAGUUCCUUGUUUCUAUACAGCUGAGUGGAAACAAAGAUUAGAUACAGGUGUUGAUGAUCGAGACAAGUUUGCGCACGAUUUUACCAGUAAUGUUCGUACUUUUACUUACAGUAGCAUUUAUAGAGCACUUGACAGCAACAGAUCAGAACAAGAAAAAUCCAUAAUUUGUGAUAAAUUCUAUAAAAAAUAUGAGAAUGCUCUUCGAAAUUCUUAUCCGCCAGAUCUGGAUAGCCUCAAUAUAUUGCAAGUUGCUUAUGUAAAAAAGAAAUAG